ACACUGGAAGGAUGUGGAAGUAUGUGUGCAAAAAGCCAGAGAAAUGAAACAGUAUUCUGCUGAACUGCUGAAUACAGAAGGUGUUAUGCAUGAAGAACGUGGAGAAUUCCAACAAGCAUUGUCUUCACAUAUGAAUGCUGGCCUGCUAGACCCACAUUUUGUACCGUCCAAGGUACGGAUUGGUGCAUUGUUGACCAAGAUGGGGUUGAUUGCUUUGCAUGUGGCGAGAACUGUACUCUCAGAUGCACUGAGGAUCGAACCUACCAACCGUAAGGCUUGGUAUCACCUAGGUAUGGUACACAAGGAUGAUGGUCGCCUUUCGGAAGCCGUAGAUUGCCUCCAGGCAGCAUCGAUGCUCGAAGAGUCGGACCCUGUUGAAAACUUCAGAUCUAUCCUUUGAUCGGCGCCCAUACCUUCCAGCCUCGGGCACAGUCCAAUGCGCAGACCAUGACACAUAC